AUGCGGUGGAUUAGUAUCACUCUUUACACGACGCUUUGCUUGACUGCUCCAGCCUUGCUCAGCUUGCCGAUUGAAAUUACGCGAGAGGGAGAGUCGAGCUCGUUCUUAUUACCGGAUUUGAACGGACCUCCAAUCGAUGAAACGCCUGAUUUGAACAGCCCUCCGAUAGACGACAGUUUAGCGGAGCCUCGUAUAAUCAACCCAUCCGGAGAAGUCGCGUUUUCCUCACUUUCGGCCACGACUUCCAUUCUGAGGGGAACUCGGGUGAACCAGCAAGCCAUCCUCGUUAGUCACGCUUUGCUCGACAACAGCAAGCGUAUAAAUCAUCCCGCCAUCGAAACUUCGCCUGGCAGUCAGCCCAAAAAAGGUUCCGUUACUCAAGCGUCUUCUGGUACCGGUGAGCGCAAUCACGAUGAUAUCGUCUCGAAAAGAAGAAAAACAGAAACUUCAACGAACCUAAGCGUUAAAACUUCUCUCGUCAACAACCCAGGAGGCUUUGCUUACAAUGAUCGAAAGAGAAAACGGCCAACAGAGUCUAUAGCCAAUCUGGAAGAAGUCACGAACAAUCAAUUAGCCCAAGAAACACCUGAGACACCUGCAGCUCAAGACCUGAUUGGUGACGGCCAAAAAUCACACAGAGAAAUACUUUUCGAUCUUAAGGAUUGGAAUUAUGUGCGAUUGCCACCAGAACUUACGGAUACAAAUGAGGAUCAUGAAAGCUCGCCAACUCGUUUUGCCCUGGGAAAGUUCUUUGAAACUUUGCAAAAGUGCCAAAUUGACCUCAAAGGGGAGGAUGGCAAGGAUAAAAAUAAGGCACAAUCAAUGUCCCGCAGAUAUCUCAAGAUUAAGCUGGGAAUCGCUUCUCCUUCAGAAUUCGAUAAGAAUUACGAUCAAGAUCCAGGAAUCAGACAAGCAGUGCUAUUUGACAUCGUUUUGAGUCUGUCGGACACGAAACUCAAGCUUGAAGACAAUCGCAUCUUCUCGCAGGGUAUCGUGGAUUAUUUCACAGAAACCCUCGAACCGAAGAGGAAAAAACUGAGCAUCUUGAGGUCGAACUCGGAACUAUCAUUCAGAACUGCCGAAUCCAAAAGACCAUCUCGAGUCAAAGGUAUUGCACAAAGGCUAACCAGGUCAAUCAUCGACUAUGUGAAAAAUACAACCAAAAUUGCAACAUUCUUGGUCAUCAUUCAGCUUUCGUUAUUCGGGGAACAUGAACAGGAUGUCUUAACAACUGCAGUAGUUGAUGAAAUUUUGAAUUUCUUCCGAAAGAUGUGGAUUGAUACCGAAAAUUUUCAGGAAGAAUUGAUUGGCAAAUAUGGAUGGGCAAAGAAAAACGCAGCUAUCUUGAGCUUGCAGAAUCCAGAAGAGCUGAACAUCUCAUCUAGAUAUAAAGCUCGUCAAAUGUACCAGAUGGCCUGGAACUUUGCUGGGUAUUGGGCCGAAGCAAAUGGGAAAACUGUCGGGGGUAGCUUCAAAAAGCGGCAGAAUCAUCGAAACAUUGUCAUCAAAUUGGGUAACAAAAUCAUUCAUUAUGCAAACUAUGAAAUCGUUGCAAGAAAGAUGCAUACAAUCAAACAAAAUCAAAAGAAAGCCAAGUAA